GCUUGGAAAGAGAGCGCAUGCGCACUCCAGGGGACCGCAGGGCCCUUUCCAAAUCCAGAGGCGGCCUCCGUCACCAGCCCCCGGAUGAUGGUGGAGGGACCCAGGAGUCAGGCUGGCUGGCACGGGCGGGGGAACGAAUACCAGAGUGUACGUACUAAAUGCACGCGCGCAGAAACAGAAGCGCCACACCAAGCCGUUACCUCCCCGUCGUUCUCGCCGGCUUCACCGGGCCCCGCAGCAGCAGCAACACCCCCCGCCGGGCUCAUAGCAACACCUCCGCCAUCGCCACCCCUCACUUCCGGGUCCCGGCCCGCGCCGGAAGGGGCGCAGCACGCUACGCCGUCGCCCCGAGGCGUCACACCGGCCGAGCUCUUCUGCAUCUUCCAACAACACACCACUGACUCCCCAUAGCCACUGGUUCUUCUUCUCGCUGCUGCUGCUGCUUCACCUAUUUUUCCAGAGGCCUUCAAACCAGAAAGACGAGUUAUGGAAGAGACUGGGUCAAGAAAGAAAUACAAAAGGUGGCAUAAUUACUCUGCUAAGUACAGCCUCUCCCUGUAGCAUGAAAAUGCCAUGGUUAGACAAAGGUCUCCUGUGAUCGACGCAGAAUUCAAAAGCGAGCCAAGCGCAGAAUCCAACCCAGCAACGGAAUAUCGCCGGGCUCGUCUGCCUUUCGCCUGGGCACACAGGAAGGGCGCCUUGCGCGAAGACCUCCGAGCUGUUGCCUGCGUUUGCGCCCAUGGAGCUGAGUUGCGGCGUCGGGAGCAGGAGCGGCCAGGCGGCGGCGCAAACGGCGUCGGGCAGCAACUCCGCAGCGCAGCCGGCGGCCGCUCACCCCGGGCAGCUCCCGAUGGAGGGCCAGAGCGCCGGAGACGAUUACGAGAGCCUGCCGAUCAGCGCCUCCCUCCACACGCACAUGACGGCCGGGGCGGUGGCUGGCAUUCUGGAGCACACGGUCAUGUACCCCGUGGACUCCGUCAAGACUCGGAUGCAGAGCUUGCAGCCCGACCCCAAAGCCCAGUACAGGAGUGUGUUUGAGGCCUUGAGGAAGAUCGUCCACACGGAAGGCGUCUGGCGGCCUCUGCGAGGGAUCAAUGUGACUGUUCUUGGAGCGGGCCCGGCCCACGCACUGUACUUUGCCUGCUAUGAAAAAAUGAAACGCACUUUAAGUGACAUGAUCCGCAACGGAGGCAACAGCCACCUGGCCAAUGGAAUCGCUGGAAGCAUGGCCACCCUGCUCCAUGACGCUGUUAUGAAUCCAGCUGAAGUGGUGAAGCAGCGCAUGCAGAUGUACAACUCUCCGUACCGGACGGUGCUGGCGUGCAUUCGGACGGUGCAUCGGACUGAAGGGCUGGGCGCCUUCUACCGCAGCUACACCACGCAGCUGACCAUGAACAUCCCCUUCCAAGCAAUCCACUUUAUCACCUAUGAGUUCAUGCAGGAGCAGGUGAACCCCUGCCGGCAGUACAACCCUCGCACGCACAUCAUUUCGGGAGCCCUUGCGGGCGCCGUGGCAGCCGCAGCCACGACCCCCCUGGACGUUUGCAAGACUCUGCUCAACACUCAGGAAAACAUGGCCUUGAGCUCUGUGAGGAUUAGCGGGCACCUCUCCGGAAUGGCCAAUGCCUUCAGGACAGUUUAUCAACUGGGAGGCAUCCGUGGGUAUUUUAAGGGGGUCCAGGCCCGGGUGAUCUACCAGAUGCCUUCGACGGCCAUUGCUUGGUCUGUGUAUGAAUUCUUCAAGUACUUCCUUACGAAGCGGGAACUGGACAAAACAACCCCCUGCUGACCACCCACAGCAGCAACCCAGAACCUCAAAGGAUGUCAUCGUGGCGUAAACGCCACUUUCCCUGGCUUCUUUGGGUGGAUCUGCAAAGGCUGCUGGCAAAUUCAGAGCUGCGUUUUGUGUACCAGAAUGAUGAUUUCUUCUUGUUAAGAUGCUGGAGAAACUUACCUUCUCCAGCUUUUGCUCAACCAAAUUGUCUAAGGACUCCUUGUAAAACCAAGUAUUUAUAGUGUUUAAUGGACCCGUGGAGUUGCUAACUGGGAUAAGAAUUGUGUAAAAAGGGGUGUUGGCUCCUUAGGGCUUUCCGCAGAGGAAGAAGAAUUAAUAUUAAUGUGGAGUGGGGUUUUUUUCUUUAAUAUGUAAAGAUGAAGCCUUUUGCUGAACAAAGUUUUAUAGAGAGAGAAAUUAUGUAAUAUAAAUAGAUGGAUAAUGUUUA